GCAAAAAUGGAAGGGGCAACACUUUGGCGUCUUCAGCUGGCGCAUCAGCGCCAAUAUAAGGAGUGGGACAGGAUCGGCAGACGUUUAAAGCGGCUAACGGGCAAGAAGUCCAGUGAUUUGCUUCUCCACGAUCCGCUCCUGCAGCCGUCAUUCGUCGCCAUUAAUGGCCAGCGGAUGUGGGUACGGAUGAGUGGAGGCCAGCAAGUACCAAUACCUAUCGAAAAGAAUCGAGCAACGCAAAAACACCGAAAUGAACAGAAUAAGUCGGGUAUUAAAAUUAUACCACCCAAGAAUCCUUUAGACCUUGUCAUCGUGGGCCAACAGCUGCAUAUGCAUCAGCCACCCGGCCGACGGCAUGUGCGGCUCGAGAAUCCAUCAUCUAGGACUCACCUGCAAAUGGAGGAGUAUGUUCAUUUUCAUUCUUUCCGCAACUACUAUAAGUUUGACCACUGGGGUCCUUAUAGUCAGGAAGAAUCUUAUGCCGUGAUAGAUGCACGAUUUAUGAUGGAGCUAUUUAACGAACUGCUCAUGGAUGUUUCCAGUCCCACACAUACGAAUUCGUUUUGAUUUUGUACUUUCAAUUGUUUUAAUUUAUUCUGCUUGCAUUUACAAAUCAAAUCGGACCAUUAAACAAACAAUUUGCUUACCUAAAAUAAUAAAAGAGAGACUACACAAGUGUGCGGCAAA